AUGAGUGAUUCCGACUCUGAUUUCUCGCUUUCUGCCGCUUCCACGCCGCAGACCCAGAAACGGAAGCCUCUGUCGAACUCCACGAAUACCACUAAUGGCAAGAAAUCGUCUGCCAGCGAUCAGUAUCAGAAACUCUCCCAGUUGGAGCAUAUUUUAAAACGGCCAGACACGUAUAUUGGGUCCGUGGAAAAAAUUGAAUCUGAGCAGUGGAUAUACAAUGAGCAAACGGAGUCCAUGGAAAAGAGAACUGUCAACAUUGUUCCUGGUCUGUUUAAGAUAUUCGACGAGAUCUUGGUGAACGCUGCCGAUAACAAAAUCAGAGACCCCAGCAUGAAAAAGAUUGAUGUUAAAAUUGACAAGGAAAACAACGUUAUUUCUGUCAAAAAUGAUGGAAAAGGUAUUCCCGUCGAGAUCCACACCAAAGAGCAAAUCUACAUUCCAGAGCUUAUCUUCGGUAACCUUCUGACUUCCAGUAAUUACGAUGACGACCAAAAAAAGGUGACUGGUGGUAGAAACGGUUACGGAGCCAAACUAUGUAACAUUUUCUCCACUGAGUUCACUGUGAGAACCGCAGACAAAAACACCCAGCUCUUGUACACGCAGACAUGGAGAAAUAACAUGUCUGAAACAGGGAAGCCAAAGAUCUCCACGAUGAAGAAACAGGAGGAGUACACAGAAGUCAUUUUCAAGCCUGACUUGUCGAAGUUUGGCAUGGAGAGUCUCGAUGAUGACAUUUUGGGCGUUCUUAGGAGAAGAGUGUAUGAUCUUUGCGGUUCCGUCCGUGGUGUCAAAGUGAGCUUGAACGGCCAGCAACUCAAGGUUCACAAUUUCAAGCAGUACGUCGAACUGUACGUCAAGGCUCUAGAGAAAGAGAAGGGAAAUCUUCCUGCUCCAGUGAAAACAGAAGAUUCGGAGGAUGGAUCUUUGGCGCCUGCCCCGCUGUCUCAGCCACUGCCAACUAUAGUUCACCAAGUGAUCAACGAUAGAUGGGAGGUUGCAUUCUCGAUUUCGGAUGGAACUUUUAACCAAGUGUCUUUCGUCAAUUCUAUCGCAACCACUGCUGGAGGUACUCAUGUGGAAUUGAUCUCAAACAUGCUUGUUACCAAGAUCAUGGAGCAGAUCAAAAAGAAGAGCAAGACUGCCAUCAUCAAACCAAUUCAGAUCAAAAAUAACAUGUUUCUAUUUGUCAACUGUCUUAUCGAAAAUCCAGCAUUCACGUCCCAGACAAAGGAACAGCUCACCACGAGAGCUUCUCAAUUUGGAGGCAAGAAGCUGGAACUUCCGGACUCGUUCGUGAAGAAGGUGCUGGCUUCCGGUAUUUUGGAGAGCGUGAUGGACAUUGCACAAGCGAAUGCCGACAAAGCGUUGAAGAAAAAUGACGGUAGCAGAAAGAGUAGACUGACGGGCUAUCCGAAAUUGGAAGAUGCCAAUAAGGCAGGUACUAAAGAGGGCCACAAAUGUACUUUGAUCCUGACAGAGGGUGAUUCCGCCAAGUCUUUGGCUGUCGCUGGAUUGGCUGUGGUGGGACGAGAUUACUAUGGGUGCUACCCAUUAAGGGGUAAGAUGUUGAAUGUGCGCGAAGCCAGCACUGACCAGAUAAUGAAGAAUGCCGAGAUCCAAGCCAUAAAGCAAAUUAUGGGUCUUCAGCACAAAAAACGCUACGACUUAUCAAACAUCAACACUUUGAGAUACGGUCACAUUAUGAUUAUGUCGGAUCAAGAUCAUGACGGUUCGCACAUUAAAGGUUUAAUUAUCAACUUUCUUGAAACAUCUUUUCCUGGUCUGUUGGAAAUCCCAGGGUUCCUUAUCGAGUUCAUCACUCCAAUUGUCAAGGUGACUAUUUUGACAGGCCCAGACAAAAACAAAAAGAUAUCGUUUUUCAACAUGCCUGAGUAUGAGGAGUGGAGAGACACAAUCGGAAAGACGUGCUCUUACAAGCAAAAGUAUUACAAGGGUUUGGGUACAUCGCUGCCUACCGAAAUGAGAGAAUAUUUCAGCCAAUUGGAUCGUCACUUGAAAACGUUCCACACUUUGCAAGAAGAAGAUGUGUCACUGAUCGACCUUGCUUUCUCCAAAAAGAAGGCAGAUGACCGUAAAGAGUGGCUCAGAGGAUUCCAACCGGGCACUUUCCUGGAUCCAAAUCUGACCGAGAUUCCAAUUUCUGAGUUCAUCAACAAGGAGUUGAUUCUUUUCUCGAUGGCCGACAACAUUCGUUCGAUUCCUUCUGUUAUGGACGGAUUCAAACCAACUCAGAGAAAGGUUCUAUACGGUGUCUACAAACGUAACCUGACGAGCGAGAUCAAGGUGGCCCAGCUGGUUGGUUACAUUGGUGAACAUUCUGGCUACCAUCAUGGUGAGGCAUCAUUGACUCAGACGAUCAUCUCCCUCGCCCAGGACUUUGUUGGGUCCAACAACUUGAACAUUCUCAAGCCCAAUGGUGGUUUUGGUUCCAGAGCGUCUGGUGGUAAAGAUGCUUCUGCCGCGAGAUAUAUUUUCACCGAAGUCACCCCGAUUACUAGAAAAGUGUACAACACACUGGAUAAUCCACUGCUUAACUAUUUGCAAGAUGACGAGCAAACUGUUGAACCUCAAUGGUAUGUUCCUGUUCUUCCGAUGAUUCUCGUCAAUGGGUCAGAAGGUAUUGGUUCUGGAUGGAGUACCCAAAUUCCUCCAUUUAACCCGGUUGAUAUUGUCAAAAAUAUCCGCGCAUUGAUGAAUGGUGAAGAAAUGGUCGACAUGAUUCCUUGGUUCAAAGGGUGGGAAGGCACUAUCAGCAGGAUCGGGCCUGAUAAAUUCAGAAUGGAAGGAAAUAUUGAGGAAAUUGACGACACCACGGUCGAAAUAACUGAACUGCCUGCUCGUAUGUGGACGAUUACCAUGAAGGAAUUUUUGCUCCAGGCAAUUGCAGGUUCGGAUAAGCAGAAGCCAUGGAUCAAGGAUAUGGAAGAACAGCAUGGUGUGGGCAUCAAAUUUGUCGUGACCUUAUCCAAAGAAGAGAUGGAGAAGACCAGAAGAAUUGGACUGAAAGAGAGAUUUAAGCUGAUCUCCAUUAUUAACACCUCCAACAUGGUUGCUUUUGAUCCUCAAGGAAGAAUCAAGAAGUAUGAUCAUGUCAACCAAAUUAUCGAGGACUACUAUCUGGUCAGAUUGGAUUAUUACCAGCGGCGGAAAGACUAUAUGGCAGAUCUGUUCUCCAACCAGUUUGAGAAGCUCUCAUACCAGGCUAAAUUUGUGAAAAUGAUCAUUGACAGAGAGCUGAACAUCAACAACAAAAAGAGAGUGAAUCUAGUUAAAGAGCUCAAACAACUGGGAUUCCCUGGAUUUGACAAACAUAACAAGCCAAUCAGACCAACUGAAUUGAAGGAGGAGGACGACGAGGAAGAUAUAAACGAGCUAGCUGCCGAUCCGACCGCAGUGGUGCAAGAGAAAAAGACAGCAGUUUCAGCGUAUGAUUACCUAUUGGGCAUGCCCUUGUGGUCUCUGACCUCUGAACGCUAUGAAAAGUUGCUGAAGCAAAGAGACGAAAAGGAGGCCGAGCUGAAUAAUCUUCUUAGAAAGAGCGCCAAGGAUCUUUGGAACGAGGAUUUGGACGUGUUCCUUGAGGAAUGGGACAAAUUCCUAAAAGAGGAUGAAGAGAGCCGGUCUUCGAUGAAGGUGGGAGACCACUCGAAGAAGAAGCGGAAGAGAAGAACUAAAGCAGAGCUUGCUGCCCCUGCCAAGAAGAAAACAGCAGACAAGACUGCUGCCACUAAACCUGUAAUCAAGAAGGAGGAACCUGAGAAGCCAGUUACGAAGACCGAAGAGCCUGUUUUCAAGAGUGUAUUUGGCGGAUCGGGCUCUAAGUUCAAUGCUGCCACGAGCAUCUUCAGUGCUGGAUCAGACUCCACCGAGUCUGAUGCGUCUGCUCCAUCCAAAGCGUCUUCUUUCUUCACCAAGAAGCCCUCCAAGAAGGCCAAGAAUGUGAUCGAGUCUGACGAAGAAAUCGUCGAGCUCUCUGAUGACGAUGCUCCCACGCCAGUGAGCCGUGCAUCUUCCACACGCAAGAAGACCACCAAGUCGUAUGUGCUCGACGACGACUCGUUUGAGGAGCCAAGCGAUGAUGAAGAUUAUGAGGGAUAG